GCCGAACCGAUCCUCUUUUCUCUGCUCUCUCCUCUUUGCCUGUCUUCCCCUUCCUGCACUCUGUUUGACUUUUGACUGUCACCUGUCAACCUGUCACCCUCUCGACAGCGACAGCGACAGCAUCUUUGAGAUCCAGCGUCGCGGCCAACUCUCUAGACCGACGGCGGCAGCACCAGUCUGUUUUCUGGCUGAGACGAACCAGUCGUGGACCGGCCAAUAAACAUCGGACCCGACCGUGCUUUUCCAGCUUACCGUCACUCUGGUUUCUGGAACCUCUGGCCGACCCCCUUCUUCCGUCUCCAUCUCGCCCACUCAACAAUCACCCUCCCGACUCCUGCUUUCUCGCAACACAUCAUCGGCGCAUCGCAACCAGAAUCUAAUGCUGCAAGCAGUUGUCGGUUUGAUUUGAUUCAAUUCGGCACUGGGAUUUUUGUGUGGAUUUCGGUAUCGAUUGCGAACUGUUUGAUUGAUUGAUUGAUUGAUUGACGACCGUUCGAGUCUUGUUUAUCUGUUGCUGGAGCCACAAAGUUGUUUUUUGGCAUUUGAGGGAGGUCUGUCUGUUUGAUUGAUAUUGUUAGCUUGUCGCCUCGACAAGUGUGUCUUGUUGGAUUUUUGAAGGAAAGGAAUUUGGACGAGAGAUCGGACACGAUGGGCGCACAAGUUGUUCCAUCAGCCUCUCACGGCAUGCCGGCCCUGGAAGUCGCUGAGCCAAAUCCUCCGCAUAUCAUUAGCCGCGCAACCAAGGGAGGACGCACCCUGUGGUACUGCUUGAAGGUCAUCCAGCAACCCGAGCGCGCGAGAGCAUGCGGUUCAGGCCCAAAGUCAUCGGCUGACCGUCGUCCCGUCGACCCGCCUCCUGUUGUGGAGCUGCGCGUCUAUGAGGGCCAUACUUGGGAGGCGGCCCAGGAUAAGGAUAUCACUUUCCUGUACAACGCCAACUUCUUUCUCUACGCCACUCUCGAACAUGCCAGAGUCAUGGCCCACGGUCGCGUUCAGACCCCAGCAGCCAACACGCCGCCCGUCUUGACCGGUAUGCCCGUGUCUGGAAUGGCCUAUCUGGACCGUCCUACCGAAGCCGGCUAUUUCUUGUUCCCUGAUCUGUCUGUCAGGCACGAGGGCCGUUAUAGACUGACGUUCAGCCUCUACGAGGAGACCAAGGAGGACAAGGACAAGGACCCGCAGAGCGACAGCUCGGCCUCCGAGGGCCAGAGCUCCAGCCCGGCCCAGGGAGGCUCCUUUGACUUCAGGAUGGAGGUCAAGUCGCAGGACUUCGUCGUCUACAGCGCCAAGAAGUUCCCUGGUUUGGCUGAAAGCACCGCUCUCAGCCGCAUGGUUGCCGAGCAAGGCUGCCGUGUCCGCAUUCGCCGCGAUGUUAGGAUGAGACGGCGUGAUGGAAAGGGUGCUGGUGACUAUGACAAUGGCGAUGAUGAGUAUGCACGAAGACGUUCUCGAAGAACCGCGACGCCCGUGGCCGAUGCUCGGUCUGACUUCAACCGCAACCGAUCGAUGAGCGGAAGCGCGGAACGGGCUCCCUACCCUGCCGACUCACAGCGCCGCCCAUCGAUGGCCGACUACCCUUCGCAAUUUCCUGGACAGCCAGGCUCCCAGGGAGGGCACCUUCAGUUCCUCAACGGAGGCUCCAACGGCCAGUAUCCUUCUCAGCCACCACCUCAAAACUUUGCUCAACCUCCCUCGGUUCCCGCUUCACCCGUGUACCCACCAAGCCAGGCGGCGCCGUACCCAUCGCAGACUUCGUACCAGGCUGCUCCUCCACCACCGCCCCCUUCGUACAGACAGCGCGAGCGAACGCCUUCGCAGUCGUCGUAUGCGCCUCUCAACCCGGCUCCUCGUCGCGACAGCGCGCAACCACAGGGCUUCAGGUCAUCCUCUGGCCACGUCACCCUCCCUCCCUUGGUUCCGGCUUUCCCGCAGCACAACUCGCACCGCAUGCCGCCGCCCAAGAUGCCGUCCCUGCCGCCCAUCCAGGUCGACGGACCCCAAACCAGCACGCUUCCCGGCGCCAGCCAGCUCCCGUUGCCGAGUCCGACGCGCUUCAGGCCGCUCGUCCCAACUUCCCGGCGCCGGCUGCCGGCCCCGUUGACCGCAUCAUGACAACGCAGUACGCCGGCUCGAAGCGGGCCCACGACCAGUCCUUCAAGACUGCUGACCAACCUAGGCGGUUCCAGGAUGGUGCCCGCGACGAGGGUUCCUCUGAGGAUCCAGAUGCCGGGCUUGGGCCCAUGAUCUACUCGAGAGCGGCUGGAUUUUAUACUACGGUUCCGGCCGACCAAUGUCCCGAGUAGCAGCCAAGAUACCCCUUGCUUGAUGGCUUGAUGGUUUGAUGCGUACUGUUGGGCUAGGUGUUUGGAGUUUUGUUGCCCAGGCGGGUCAUCUUCUUUGUGAUUUUUAGUGUAUAUACGGGCGACUAUAUGGGAUGGGCAUCUGAAACCCAAGCUUUCAACGAGCCAUGGACUGGACUGCUCGAGGGACACAGACGUUCUUUACGUUCCCUUUGACUCUUUUUUUUUUUUUUCUUCUUCCCGUUGCUUCUUUAUACCUGUUGGAACGCACAUAGCACGCCGCGACACAUAUACGUACGACCUUCAUUUUCUCUGUUUUCCUUUGACACUCUUCAUUUAGAGCGACUACUGGGAGGUUUUGUUGUGGGUGGGUGGGUGGGUUGGGGAGGCGACAAAAAGUUGAAGCUGGCUGCAAAGGUUCAGAUUGUGAUUUUCUUUUUUGGCUGGGAGUGUGGACUUAUACAUCUUAUAUGCAGGGAGGCCUGGGAUUCGGCCAGCGGAUAUAUAUUUUUUUUUUUGAAUUUGGGAAUCGCGAUAUGUGAACAGUGUUUGAAUAUCAAUUUUUAUGCGCAUCUUCCUCUCUCUCUCUCUAUCUCUCCUACCGUGACCGUGUUUGUAACCGCGUCUUU